ACCAAAACUGUACCUGCUACAUGGCGUUCAAGUGGACUCCCGCAAACGCCUGCGGACCGUUCCCCGAGAAUAUGGUUGAGGGUGGUCAGGACAGCGACUGCACCACAAUCUUCGUGGGCCGUGCCAGCUGCAAGGGUGACCUGCUGCCGGCCAAGGUGAUUCCCGAGAAGAACGCGGCCUACGUUGCGCACGGUGGGGAUGAAGUUCUGGUGCAGUGUUUCGAGGUCCUGUGCCGGAAGGAGCUGAUUUGGGAACGAACUUGCGUGGGCAGCAUUCCCCAGGGUGCAAGGGUGACGUCCGACGGUGAGCCGUUGUAUGUUGGGCGGGGAUGUCACGACGGCGCGCUAACCGUCGGCAAGGUCCAUCGAUCGCAUGGCUGCCUGUACAUACCGUACGGCGGAGCGGAAGUAUCGCUGAAGAGCUACGAAGUACUGUGUGAGCGAUAAGGAAAGGCAAGAAUAAAAUACACCUUGUUUGAAGUGGGCCGUGAUAUCUCUGAAUUGAUCUCUUUUAACCACAUGUUAAAAUUAUAUUCACUUUUUAUUUAUGUAUAUAUA